CGCCCCGCUGCACGACGCCGCCGCCAAGGGCUGCGCGCCGCUGCUGCGCUGCCUCCUCACCAGGGGGCAUGGAGUGACGCCGGAGACAAUGGUGUUCCCAAACAAGAAGGGCCAGACGGCGCUGCACGUGGCAGCGGCCAGCAACCGCACGGAGGCGCUGCAGGCGCUGCUGGAGCUGGGGGCGGACCCUGAGGCCGCAGCCCACCCACCGGACAAGACGGGAGCCACGCCGCUGCACAUCGCUGCCAGACACGGGUUCGUGAAGGAGGUGCGGCUGCUGCUGGCCUUUGGCGCCUCGCCCGGCGUCAGGGACCGUGCUGGACGGACCCCGCUGCACUACGCCACCACAGGCCAGUGCGUCGACGAGCUGGUGAAGGCGGGCGCCGACCCCAACCAGCCAUCCGAUGACGGGCUCACGCCGCUGUCUCUCGCCGUCGCCAACGCCUGCACCCCUAACUUGGUGGCGGCGCUGGUGCACCACGGCGCUGACGUCACGGCCGCUGAUAGCGACGGCAACACCGCCGUCUACGUGGCGGCGAGCGCUGGAAGCACUCGCGCGGUCGCCAUAAUGAUGAAGAACAACAAGAAAGCCGCCGAAGAUGCGCUGUGGCGCGCCGUGGAGCGGUGUGACGCGCAGGCGGCGCGGACGCUGGUGGAGGCGGGCGACCUGCUGGAGGACGACUCGGAGCGGCUGCGGCUGCUGCACCGGGCUGCGGCCCGCGGCGACGCCAGCGUCUUGGAGGCGCUGCUGUGCUACGGCUUCCCCGCCACAGCCGCAGACGCGGCCGGCCGCACCGCCCUGCACGCCGCCGCCGCCGCAGGGAGCAGCGCGGUGUGCGAGCUGCUGCUGCAGUACGGAGCGGACGUGCGCGCGCGCGACGCGCAGGGCCGCCAACCCCUGCACGACGCGGCGAACGAGGGGACGGCGCAGGCGCUGCUGGGCGCCGCUGGGGUGGAGGCGGACGCGCGCGACAGCAGGGGCCGCACGCCUCUGCACGCCGCCUCCGCCGACGACCGCCACGACGUCGCCAGGCUGCUGGUGAGCGCUGGGUGCGACGUCGAGUCGCGGGACUGCGAGGGCAACACGCCGCUGCACGCCGCCGUCGACGCCAACCGCGUGAGGCUGGUGAGACUCCUGCUGGAGGCCGGGGCGGACCACAGGGCCAGGAACAGCCAAGGGCAGCUCCCAAUGGACUUGGCUCGCAGGCUAGGCGGCAAGGCGAGGAAGUACGAGGCAAUAUUCGAGAAGGUUGCUGCCUCAAGGAAGAGACUUGCAGAUGCUAAGAAAUGAAAAGCAAUAUAUAAGGAGUACCUAAUAAAAGAUAAUGAUAAAUCA